AUGGUUCCCACGGGAGACCGCUCAGACUCGGAGGCUCCUCAUACGAGGUUCGAGCUUAGCUUCGCGCAUAACCUCCCCGAGCGAUUCUUCUCAACUUUUGAACUCGUGGGGAAUGUCUAUUCGAAAUCCUGGAACAGAGCUGAAGGAGUUCACGCGCACAUUUGCCAUAGCGCUACGGUGACUUGGACAAACAGGAUACUGCGCAAAGAUGCGCGAACUUACAGGUUUUGGAUGUUCCACUAG